UGCAAUGGUGGGACGUGUUCCUAGAAUGCAUAUGAUUCUUCAAUCACUGAUGCUGCUCGCUUCAGCAUCCUUGGUCGCGGCCUACCCCCAGGCCAUGGGUAGCGAGCCCACACCCGACGCACUGGCUCUGAACUCAGUGCGCCGCGCCCUGACGUGCCUGGAGAGCCGCGGCUCCACGCGUCCCUUGGUGGCCCUAACUCCCGAACGGCUCCUGCAGUUUCAUAGACUGCUCCGGCGCGUCCGCCAUGAUCCAAUCUGCAAGAAGGGGAGGCACACACGGUUCUGCGGCGUUGGCAACUGCUACUCCGACGGUUGCCGGUGCCUGUUCGGCUUCACAGGUGACCGAUGCGAUGUUUAUCCGGGCCGGUGCUGGCUCAUGCACUGCUUCCUGCGCGACUGCUACAGCGUCCGUGGUGCGAGGCUGAGCUGCGUCUGUAACCGGGACCUCUACGGCACCAGAGUGCUAUCCAGCCUGUACUGGUACAACGAAGGCCUCCAGGGGGCGUACAGGCCACCACCACCAUCUUGGCACGACGUAGUCCCGAUGCACGCAGACAACGAUUUGGAAGCAUACACAAUGGACGGUGUGGACGACGAGAUCGACCUGACUCUAUACCAACAAGCCGUUGCCGCUGCCGCCUCCCCAGCGAAGGCCGAAGUCGCUGCUCGAGAGUCGUCGCCUCUAGCCGACAGCAAGGGCGAGUCAGAGCAGCCGCUAUUGAAAAGCACUGGCUACAGCGAGUCGGCGUCUACGGCAACGUCUUCCGGCGGUAACGGAUGGAUUCACUUGGGUUCAGGUCUUCUGAACAAAACACUUCGCGUGCUUCCCAAGUACGAGCUACCGAAGAUCGUAAGUGGAAGCAAGCUCCUCGGCCAGAUGAUUUUGAUGCGUAACGUUUCUACCAAGUCAACUGCCAGUCAACUAUCAGGCGACGAGAAAGAAAUCGUCGCGAACAGUGUGAAAAGCACGUUGGAGAAGGACUUCGGAGGAUACGCCAAGUUCGUAUACGAGGACUACGCGUCCUUAAACGAAGGAGUGGUUCCCAGCUCCUCGCUGUCAUCCACCACAAAAGCUAUGGGCAGUACUUGGCCCCUGUGGGUUUCCAUAGGAAUUUUAAAAACAAUAAUCACCGCGUGAGAAGGCGGUUGCAAUGCCGAGUUUUGUAAAAGAGGUGUUCUAAAGCUCUCUAAAUCUUUGUUAAAGAAAAACAAAUGCUGUGACAAUAUA